AGUCAGGAAAACCUCACUUAUCAUGUCUUGGCUUCCAAUUUGCCCAAUUAGAAUAGAAAAGAAAGGAAAAGAAAAGAAAAAUAAACAAACACACAGUCAACAAAACCAUCACCCCCAUCGGACCAAAAACCAGUCUGUGUGUCUGCGUGAGUUCAUGGGAAUUGAAAUCCCCGGGAAAUCUUGAGACCCUUUUCUCAAUUCACAAAUCCCAUUCUCACCACCUAAACUUCGCUCCAUGUCCACUUCAGGGUUGGUAGCCAGUCCUUUUUAAGCUUCAUUCUACACAACAGCACUCCUUACCACUCUCUUUGCUUUUGCUCCUCUCUCUCUCUCUCUCUCUCUCUCUCUCUCUCUGCGAGCUUUUCCCAUUUGUGUGAGAGGCUGAGAGUGAGCAAUGGAGUUCUUCUACUUCCUUCUGUUUGGGGCUCUCUCUGCGGUUGUGGCAGCUUUGGAGCUGAGCAAGAACAACAAAGAUCGCAUUCAUACUUCCUCUGUUUUCAAUGAUUUCAAGAACAACUACCUCCUCAUCUACUCUCUCAUGAUGGCCGGGGAUUGGUUGCAGGGUCCGUAUGUGUACUACCUCUACAGCCAGUAUGGGUUCAGCAAGGGGGAUAUUGGACAGCUUUUUAUUGCUGGGUUUGGGUCAUCCAUGUUGUUUGGGACAGUUGUGGGAUCUCUAGCUGACAAACAGGGUCGUAAGAGGGCAUGUAUUACGUACUGCAUAACUUACAUUCUAAGCUGCUUCACCAAACAUUUUCCUGACUACAAGGUUUUACUGUUGGGACGCAUAUUGGGAGGCAUUGCCACUUCUCUACUUUUUUCAGCUUUUGAGUCUUGGCUUGUUGCAGAACACAAUAAGAGGGGCUUUGAGCAGCAGUGGCUUUCAUUAACAUUCUCUAAGGCUAUUUUUCUUGGCAAUGGUCUAGUUGCCAUAGUAGCUGGGCUACUUGGGAAUCUUCUGGUAGAUACUUUGGGAUUUGGCCCAGUUGCUCCAUUUGAUGCUGCUGCAUGCUUUUUGGCAAUUGGCAUGGCAAUUAUAUUGGCAUCAUGGGGUGAAAAUUAUGGAGACUCUUCAGAAAACAAGAACUUGCUCACCCAGUUCAGGGGUGCUGCUGUAGCCAUUGCUUCCGAUGAGAAGAUUGCUUUGCUUGGUGCCAUACAGUCCCUAUUUGAAGGCUCAAUGUACACCUUUGUGUUCCUCUGGACUCCAGCUUUGAGCCCAAAUGAUGAGGAGAUUCCACAUGGUUUCAUUUUUGCAACAUUCAUGCUAGCCUCAAUGUUGGGAAGCUCUUUAGCAUCUCGGCUGAUGGCAGCUUCAUCCCCCAAAGUCGAGAGCUAUAUGCAGAUUGUAUUUGUAGUCUCUGCGGCUUCGCUUCUGCUUCCCAUUGUGACAACUUUAUUCAUUGCACCUUCCAAUGUGAAAGGUGGGAGCAUGUCAUUAUCAGGGUAUACUCAGCUCAUUGGCUUCUGCAUAUUUGAGGCCUGUGUGGGCAUAUUCUGGCCAUCCAUCAUGAAAAUGAGGUCCCAAUACAUCCCAGAGGAGGCAAGAAGCACCAUCAUGAACUUUUUCCGCAUUCCUCUCAACAUCUUUGUGUGCGUUGUGCUGUACAAUGUUGAUGCAUUUCCCAUCACCAUCAUGUUUGGUAUGUGCUCGAUUUUCCUCUCUGUGGCUGCUGCAUUGCAGAGGCGGCUUAUGGUGAUUGCUGAUGGCCCAAAAUCAAAACCAGAAGAAUGGACAACACAUGAGAGGGACACAGAAGCAGAGCCAUUAAAUGACUAAUUGAUGAUGAAUAUAACAAUAAAAGAAAAGACACCUGGAAAUUUUUUGAUGUUUGAAACAAACCACCUAUUCUAAUGUGAACGUUCGAGCUGCAUCUUGGUUUUCUGUUUGCUGUCACUGAUUGACGCCAACUUCAAAACAAGGCAUGAAGGAGUUUCAGGGGCAAUCAGCUGGUGGCUAUAACACAAAGAAAUGACUAACUAACGAGUCUAGUUGCUAUAUGUAGUUCAUGUAUUUUCCAAUCACUGUAGACUCAUGCUUGCAUCAGCUAUAUUUUGUCAUAUGGUUGUCAUAUGGUUGAUGUUAGAAAAUGUAAGGAUGCUUCAGUCACUUAUAAAUGGUUUUUUUUUCUUCUUUCCUCUUGGCCA